AUGCAUUCCCCCUCUACCCCCACUCGCUUCAGUCAUCCAGGGGUGGUGGCCGUGGCGGACCCGGAUGCGGAGUACUUCACCCCCAGAAUCACCCCGCGGGCCCUGAGGAGACAGGUCACCUCCUCCUCCCCUGCUCAGCGGUACCACACCUGGGACAGGUGCGAGCUGCUGGAUGGUCCACCCCUUAAUCCCUCCACUGGGUUUUACUACCAUUCCCUUCCUGCGCCGCGCUCCAAAAUGAUGAUUCCCAAACCAAGAAGGCUAUGCAUCUCCCCUCAGGGUGUUAAGAUUUCUAUGGUGCAGAGACCAGUGUCAAUGAGAGCCACGAUAACUCCCUCCAGUCCCCCAAAGCUAAGUCCGCCUAGCCAGCACCAUUUCUGUCCCAUCCAACACCACGCGACCAUGCCGCCCUCUAGCUGGCACCAGCUGAGCCAUUAUGGGGUUAGUAGUAGUACGCAGAACACAGAAACCAGGCUGAUCCACCACCCCUCACCUAUCAAGCCAAGACGUUACAAGCCUUCAGAGACGCAUCACCAUGCUCCAUCUAAGAACACAGUGGAAAGUGUCAUGGAAAACAAUCCUGAAGAGCCGAAAAGUCAGGUGGAUGUGAAGGCCAAGAACGUCUUUGGUCAGCCUCUCCUGUUUGCUGCAUUGAAACGAGUCCAGUCUCCUCAGCUUCCCCGCAAGAACAGGGUUGAGGAGAACCUCAGGACUUUACUCAGUGUGGAGGGCUCUGUUGAGAAUCACCGGAAAGUUGCCACAAUAGAUGGCAGCCUGUAUAAGCAUCCAGAGGAUCUAGGCAACAUCACUCUCAGCCCCAGCAGAACCAGAAGAAGCACAACACCAGCGUUUAAAGACAUACAUAGCCCACCUCAGAUCAGUAUGAAUGGCUGUGGGUCAUUGUCUGAGCUGGAUGUUCCAGUUCGAGAGGUGAAGAAAGCUCCUGAGAAGCAGGCCGGGCUAGCCCAAAUGGAUGCUUCAGCAACCACACAGAACCAGGAGCAUCUGAUGAAUGGGGAAAGUAAGGUGGCCUCAAUUUGUAGCAGUGAGGGUCAAAACAACAACAAAACGUGGUCAACAGCAGAGAAGGACUCAGUGAGCCACUCUCAUCGGGAAGGCGCCAUUGCACUGGGGUAA